AUGACGACGUUUACGAUGCUUCCUAAUGAUUUGGUACUAAACUGCCUAGCCAGAGUUUCUAGAUUAUAUUACCCGACUCUAUCCAUCGUUUCCAAAAGAUUCCCCUCUCUCCUUGCUUCAGUAGAACUUUACCAAACUCGAGACCUCUUGGACCGCACAGAGAGUUGUCUCUAUGUAUGCUUAGGACUCGCUAGCUAUUAUGGUCGUCAACGUUGGUUCACUCUUUGCCGGAGGCCAAACAGUUCUAAGAAAGUAUUGGUCCCAAUCACAUCUCCCGAUUCUCCUACGUACCAGACGGAUUUCGCAAGGGUUGGUUCUAAAAUUUAUGCUAUUGGCGGGCACAUAAACAAUAAUGAUGAUAAUGCAUCUCCAAGUGUCAUGGUCAUGGACUGUCGUUCUCACACUUGGAGCAAUGCCCCAAGCAUGUUUGUCGCACGUGGGGCCCCUUCUGUUUGCGUCCUUGAUGGAAAAAUACAUGUAUUCGGAGGAUGCAAGAAUCUUGAUGCAACUAACUGGAUGGAGGUAUUUGAUACAAACACUCAAACCUGGGAGUUUGCACCGUCGUCGAGUCUAGACGAGAAAAUCUGCAGCAGUUUUAGGUAUCAAAGCUUUGCAUAUGAUGGAAAUGUCUACGUGAACCCUUUUGGGAAACCUGAGAUUUUUUACAAGAUGGUGAACAAAGGUAGAUGGAGAGCGGGAGACUUAGCUUUGGCUCAACCAUGGAUUUGCUUAUCACCUUAUUGUGUGAUGGAAAACGUGUUGUAUAGUUAUCUCUACGGGAGGAUCAGAUGGUACGACUCCCAGGUAAAAUGUUGGAAAGAAGUGGAGGGUCUGGAAAGUUUGUUUAGUAUUCCUCGUUAUACUAGUAAAUUGGCGGAUUAUGGUGGAAAGUUGGCGGUUUUGUGGGAUGACAAUGCGUGUGGACAGUCUGGUCCUCCAUACAAUGCAAGGACACUCAAUGAGUGCCAACCCGAUACAAAUAUUUUUUGUGCGGAAAUUUCGCUUGAGAAACGCCAAGGAGGGACGAUUUGGGGGACACUUGAGUAUCUUGACGUCGUGUAUACAACCAAUGAGCCCUAUAUAGUAGCGCAUGUUGUUGCUGCUACGAUCUGA